AUGAAUGAAGGAAAUCGGAGUUUGGCACCUGGGGCGGUUCUCUCUUCUCCCAUUCCACCGUUGAUGAAACGACACACUGUCAAUAGUAAACACCCUCGGUCAUCGUUAAACAGUAUCAAGUUUCCACCAAAAAAAAUUCAUCAUAUUCUCAGAAAUCCCAAAACCAGUGUUAAUAAUCGUCAUUCAGUUGACUUUUCAGCAUCUCCUAGUCAACAUCCACCACCUGAUCGUGAACUAAAUCCAAUUUGCGAAAUGGAUAGUGCAGUCUGUGGUAGUGUAUCAAAUCACGAAAUUCAACCAAAAUCUACCCAAUGCCGAUCAAAAUUUCGUUCAUUAUCUUUCACAACACAAAAAUCCUCUCGUGCUUCUCAAUCUAUCUGUCGACUCUCUCAGAGUGAUACAUCACUCUACCAUCACAAUGAUAUAGAAAAAUUAAAAAUAUCAAAACUACCGAAACUAUCGAGAAGUAUUUCUCUUAAAUCAAAAAUACCACUAGAAAAUUCUGUUGUUGUUGUUCACACAAAACAGCGAUCAUCGUUUAAGAAACAGCCUACUACUCCACCGUCGUCAAAGAAAAAGAAACAUCUCAUUUUUGAACACAAACGGAGUUCCGAAACAAUUACAUCUGAUAUGACCUACAGUAAUAAUUGUAUCAAAAGUAGUUCGCAAUCACAAGAACGACCAGUGGUGCCGGUGGUAGCUACCGAACCGACUUUGCUUAAUGAUCAAAUACACAUUCUUCGAGAUAGUUUAAGAAAAACCUUGAGCAGUCCACCAUCGCCAGUUGUUUUUGUCAAGGUUAACAGUACAAAAGUAUUAACGACUAGUGUAUCAGCUCCUGUAACGUCUACAUCGAAAAAGAUCCAUCGUCUUCCUCGUCGACAUCAACGAGACAUUCGAAUUAUGCGAGACAAAAGAGCGGCACGUUCCCUUUUCAUUCUUGUUGUCGUUUUUCUUAUUUUUUUAUUUCCCUAUGUGAUCGUAGCCGUAGCAUCUACUGCCGGUUUUCGUAUUCCUUCGCUUGUAUUCGAAAUCGCUUUCUGGUUACUUUGGCUCAAUUCAGCAUUUAAUCCAUUUUUGUAUCCGUUCAUUCAAGUGAAAUAUCGAAAAGCAUAUGUGAAAUUAUUUUCUCACAAUAAAUCAUGUAAUAGUUUGUUAUGUUUUAAAACAACAAAAGUUUAUAUUUUGUUGCCAGAACGAGACUAA